AACUUGUUACAAGCACUGGAGUCGCUAAGGCAUAGCAGUGAACUACAACAAAUCCAAAGCGAGGAGCUGGUGGACGAUUUGAAACGAGCAAACAGUGCCCUGAUUGCCGCAUUCGAGAAAGCGAAACGAAAAUAUUUGACUCGAAUCAAAAAGUUGGAAGAUCAGAUCGCCCGACGUCCCGGUACCGCUCGAGCCAGUUCGAUCAACUGUACAUCCGCUUGCUCCCCCGGAAACUCAGAUCCCAGUCAUCAUCCGCGUCAUCCGCAAUACAAUCCGCCAAUCGCAGUCGCAUACCCCACGACCGAGUGUGUACGAAUUCCGCCACUGGUGCCACCGGCACACGACCGUCCACUUCCACCAAUCACAAUGGAUCAGACAAAUGGCGUAUGCGGUGUUCCGGGUAAACAUUCGUACCGAGUUCUGGAUCUGCCUCCCGCGUCAAACCCCUCGCAUCCGACAAUCCCCAAAUCCAAUGGUGCACUCACUGUGCACACAAAUAUCUCAGCCCAAACACGUGCCAGAGGCCAACCAAUUACUGCGCGAAUUCCAGACCGAAACAAUCCAGUUCGGAGAUCGCCAGCAUCCACAAAUCAUCCCAAUUCGAAUUCGAAUACGAGUGAAUUUCCUCCAAGCCCUUGUCGCACUGGUAGACCUGUGACCACUUUACCGGUACAUCGAGCCACAUGA